UGACAGUGAUAGUCAUAGUCUGGACAGCUCGAGCCGUUUCGAACUUUCAAGUUUAAGCCCGGCUCUCGACAGCGAUUCAGUGCUAAAAGGCAGCGCGACGCGAACGGUCCGACGACUCUGAGAUUUAUUUGUUUAUAACAAAGAAGGGGAAUAAGCAAAAACAAAGGCGGAAAAAGUUGAAAAAUGUUUGCCAUACUUGGAGCACUUUGUCUCUUGCAGACGAUAACUUUGGCCCCAGCCCAGCUGAUUACUUUGCGCGACGGCAAGGUGGGCGUCAACUUUGCCGGCUAUCAUGCCGAUGCAGGACUGGGAGGCUUGCUUACCGGAAACUCUGCCCAUGGUGGUCUAAGCGCCUCCACCGGCACACCCUGGGGGGCCAGAGCUGCUGCCGGUCUUGGCGGCGAUCUGGAUGGUCGCGCAGCUGGAGUGGGAUAUGCAGCCGCACAAGCUAAUCCCCAGGUUGGAGCGAGUGCCCUAUUGGGCGGCAGUGCGGGUGAGCACGGCUAUAUUGGGGCCGAAGCUCACAGUCCCGGCAAGGUCGCCAUUUCGGCAACCCAGCACAAUAAGCAGCCAAUCACAUCCGGACCGCUAGGACAGGCACCGCUACCAACAGUUGCCAGUCAUGUCCAGAAGGUCAAGCCACCCAAGAAGUACUCCCUGAUUAAACAAGAUGUGCCGUUGAAAAGUGAAGCCAAAGUGGUCCAUACCCAUAGGUACACCAAAACGGUUGAAAGACCGCAGUCAGUGGACAGACAUGUCGUGGCUUCGCAAGGCAAUCCGGUCGGACUGGCCCUCGAUAUUCCCAUUGGCAUUUUGCGUUCUCUGCAGCAAUCAAUUGGGGGUUUAAUCGGAGGCAAUGCUCCCCCUGCCCAAGGCGUUCCGGCGAACUCCGGCUAAUAUAUUUAGUAUUAAAUAUUCUCUAAAUUUUUUCAUUUUAUCAAAACUGUGUCAGUAUAACAAAUAAAUUUCUCAAAUUUGGACGUUAAAGUA